UUCACUCCACACCGUGACUGUAAACAACAUCUACCACUCAACGUAUCGGCAGGUCGGAGCGUGUCGAGACUUUAGCUGGCUGUUUGCUCUACCGGAGUCAAAUUUAAGAACUCAAGAUGUUGCUGAUUACAAAGACUAUACCACGUUUAAACUUUCAAGACAAUAAACAUUCAGACGACUUCAUACCUGGUCUCAUGGAACCGGAAAUGACGUCAACACCCAGCAAAAGACAGGACGUGGUGCGCUACAGCCGGAGGUUCGCCAUCUGGCAGGCGUGGAGGUACCUGGGCGGCUGUAGCUGGUGCCACACUGAAGGGUACCUCAUGAUGAGGUGCGACAAGUGUCAGGCGGCCUGCUACUGCCGAGAGGAGUGUCAGAGAAAGCACAAGGACACUCAUAAAGUGGCGUGCAAAAGGAUCUACUUGUUCAAUUUUGCUAAAAGCCGGAUACCACAGACCUUCAAGGAUGAGAUCUACCACAAGCUGGGUUAUGUGGGCAUGUCGUGUUAUCUUGGACUUCUCCCCAUAGGAUUCAGGUGUAAGUCAGAUCGAGUCCUGGGAGGAAAAUACGUCAUCAUCCUGCAAAUUCUUGAAGUGGCUCGCUGCACCCAUCCUCCAUUUUACAUGCUAAUAAAAACACAGGAUAUCCUCGGGGGUCAGGCCCACAUCCACGUCAUACUGAAGAAUCGCGGGGAGAUCAAGGCGCUCAAUCUGGUGAUGUUCUACGCCAAGUUCGUCCUCCUGAUGGACGCCCCUGACGUGCAGGUGUCGCCCUCCAACAAUGAGCUGGACAUCUUCAUCAAGGACAUACGUCACAUGACUUUCAUUGGAAAAACAAAGAGCUCCGAUGUAAACAAGAAGGCAGAUAGCGGUGUAAAAAGGAAAUAGAAUUUUGGGUCAACGAAGUAUGACGAUGAUUUUAACUAGAUCUGAGCUAUAUUUUUACUAGAACAAAGUGAAAUUUUGUUUUGAAUGUGCAGUUCUGGAUGUGCAGUUUAUUUUGUUUCUGUAGUGAUGUUUUGUUUUCAUGUAGUUUGAUUAAAGUAAGAUUGUAUUUGAUGUUGUAAACUUGCAUUUGUUAUAGACUUGCUCGUGUUUUUAACUUAGUAGAUGUACUUUUGAUGAGGAGCAUGAAUUGUUUAAAUGAAUUUUUAAAAGUAGCAGUGUAAAGAAACUAAAGAUUUAGAAUGAAAUGUGUAGAGAUAAUUUGAGGCAACUAAUUAAAACGAAU